AUGUCCAGGGAACUGAAGCACGUGUCAGUGCUGUUCCUCAUUCUUAUAUGCCGGGACCUACGUGUCAUAGUUCACUCAGUGCCCAUCUGCACCGAUGGGCAUGCAGGGUGCCAGCCCGUGUCCUUGGCGGAUCUUUUUGACAGAGUAAUCCAGCAUUCUGCCAGGAUGCACGACCUCUCCAGUGAUCUGCACUCAGAGUUUGAGCAAUACUCUCUCCCCAGUAAAAACCAUGUUGGCAGAAUCAACCGCAAAUGUCACACUUCCGACAUACUAACACCUAAUGGCAAAGAGAAUGCCCAGAGCCUGGCAAGGGAGGAACUGACAGAGGUAAUUCUUCGGCUCUUGAUGGCUUGGCGAGACCCUCUGUCACAGUUCCAGCAGAGCAUGGAAGACCAUCAGGACAUCGAUGGCUUCAGCGGUGACAAGGCGCGGGCAAUGAGCGAAAUGGCUCAUGAGCUGAAGGAGGGGGUUGAGAAAGUGGCGGAAAAGAUGCAGCUCCUGGGCAUGAUCGGCAACUCCCUGGGGGGUCUGUCCUCAGCCGAAGCCCUGCCGCCCUCCUCCGCCAGCGGGGAAACGCGCUCCAUGAGCGACUACGACCUGCUGCACUGCUUCCGCAGGGACUCCAGCAAAGUGCAGAGUUACCUGAGAAUCCUCAAGUGCAGGAUCAUCCCUGAACACGAGUGUUAA